GUAAUUAUUAUGGCGCACAGCUGUUCUUUGCUGGAUGAGAAUACACGCUUAUUGUCGGGAAGACAGUUAGUAAAAGUUAGCCUAAUCGAAAAUAAUAUUUAUUUUUUGUAAAACUCCAUAAUUUAAAAGAAAUGUGGGUGUAAAAAUAAUAAUAAUCAAUGUUAUGAAGUGCAACUUAGUUACGAAGUAUAUUGAAAUAAUCUGCAUAGACAGUUUCAGUGACAGGUAGUUUUGAAUUCUCUGUCAAUUUAUCUCGCCAAGCAGUUCAAUCAGAGUUUACUCAUUUGAUGCAUUCUACAGUUUAUGGCAACAUAUUGGCAAAAUUAUUAUGCUUAGCUGAUGGUGAAUAGUUUACACCAAAUAUAAUAAUCAAUAAUUGUCAGAAGUAUGAUUAGACAUAAUAUAGCCAUAUUCGACCAAUAUGUGAUCUGGCCAAAAUUAUCAAGUCACAGGUAAUAUUAGCACCAAACAACGAAUGUUCAAGCUUUCGGAAACGAUUGAGUUCAAGAGAUAACUGCAUAGACAUCAGAAGAAAUUGGCAGUCUUCAAUUCAAGUCAAAUGAAACAUAGCCCAACCUUCUUUGUUCAUUUUACGUUCAAAUACGGAAUUAUGUGUACAGGGUAUAGUUUACCUGAAGAAAGUGACAACGCGACACGCUUAAAAGAAAUAAUUUUUGUGUUUAUAGUAAGGGUAGAAAUAAGAAUUCAGAUGUUACAUUGUUAAGUAUCAAAAUCAGCGAGAGCAGGGGUGGCCAACACGGUCGACCGCCUUGCUCGAGCAGUCGAUCGCGUCUGACGUUGAGUGAAUUUUAUUGAAAUACCCCCAAAAAUCAGCAGUAUGAGUUUUUGGUGUACUUUCAAAUAACUGUAGAUUUAGGAAGUGAAUGAUUGUGGAUGCUGAAUUACCAAGCGAUAGGAUCAAUUCUUCUUAAGCAUGAAUUGAACCGCACUACUGUUUGUCCCUGGUCUAAUGAAAUACCUGGCCAGAAUAUAUUAAAUUGCAUGCUUUUUUGUCAAUGCAAACCUUUAAUUACAUCAGUCGAUAUUCAUCAACAGUUCAAAUCGGAACAAUAGUAUAAAACUCGUACUAACGUUAACGAUUGGUCAAGUACCUCUCAACCUUCAGCUAAUCGCAUUAGUGAAAGCGACGUGCGGUCAGUGAGGUACGAAACAUUACAUUCGAUGAGAUAUCGUACUGUACGUUUACUGUAUAAUGGCCAACGAUGAGGAAAAUUGCGAUGAAAUUGAAUUGGAAUUCAAGUCAGGCACUCAAGACGACUGGGAAAAGACUGAAGCAAUGGUAGAUAAUAACAAUAGCGAGAAAAUAUCGAUAAAAAACGAGGAACAUUAUUUUAAAAAUGAACAACGUGUUAUAAUCAGACAAUCCACAUUUCUCGCCAUUGGCGCCGCCGGAAUUUUUGCAGCAUUUUCUGGAGUGAUAAAUCUUCAAUCGUCGUUAAAUUUUGAAGAAUCCCUGGGCACGUCAAGUUUGGCAAUUUGCUAUGCGACCACAAUAGUAUUAAAUGCAACAGUGGUUCCAUUCCUUCUUCAAAUCUUUGGAGCAAAAUUUUUACUGCUGUUGAGCGACAUCGCUUUCAUUGCCUACACAUUGGCAAAUCUCUAUCCAGUGAAGCACAGUCUAUAUCCUGCCGCCGUUAUAUUGGGAAUUGGGGAGGCAUUUGUAUGGCCAGCCAUAACAAUGUUCAACGCGCAAUUUGGAACGCAGUAUGCUAAGCACACUUUCAAAGGAAAUGCGAGGAAGAAGAAUGAACUAGACGUGGAUCUGAUUGAAUUAACUUGGAAGCAAACUAGAUGGUUUACUGGAAGAUUUUUUGCUAUUUUUGCAAUUCAUCAGAUAGCUGGAAACCUUAUAGCGUAUAUUAUAUUGGUAUUCGAUUCUGAAAAGAUGAGUAACAACGCUACAACGAUAAAUAAUUUAACCAGCAUAAAUUUCACGGAUAUAACAGAAUUUCAAUGUGGCGCACAAGAUUGCUAUGAAUAUGACGUGGUUCAAGAAGAAAUGGGGUCCGCGAAAAACAAUUUCGGCGUAGAAAAUUCAUUGUUAAGAAUUUUACUCUUCGUAGGUUAUGGAUUGAUACAAAUUUUAUCUUUGAUAUUCCAUAAAGUGUUUCUCAAAGAAUCUCAUUCAUCUAAAAAUAAAGACAAUUCCCCAAGAUUAUCGUUACGUGCAAUCGGAAGAUUUCAGGCUAAGAUUUUAAGGCAUAUGGUGUCACCUCUUCAAAUUCUCAUCGCUCCCUUGAACGUAUACAGUGGGAUGAUGAUGGGAUUCAUAUUCGGGGAUAUAACGAGAUCAUUCAUCUCUUGCCCACUUGGAGUAGAACAGGUUGGGUUGGCCAUGGCAUUAUUCGGCGUGACAGCUACAGUAGGAUCGGUACUUUUUCAACGACUGUCUGCUUCUUUUGGCAGAAACUCUUUCGUCGGACUUGCCUACGUAUUGGAAACUUCGGUAUUGAUUUUCUGCAUGUUUUGGCAUCCUAUGGAGUCUAAGGCCUGGCAGAUUUAUUUCAUUAUCGCUUUUUUUGGUCUGCCGGAUGCCGUGAGACAAGCAGCCGUUGCAGCGACCUAUCCGGAAUAUUUUGCCAAGAACAAGAGUGUUGCUUUCAGUAUGCUAUCGUUGUUAACCAGCAUGGGAUUUACAAUCAUGUUUGCAUUGGGAACAUCAAUCUGUGUCGACACUAAAAUCAUCAUUUUAAUUUCCAUGUUGACUUUCUCAGUAACUUGCUAUUCAAUCGCUGAAAUUUAUUUUCAUAAAGUGGAACGUAAACGGUUCCAUGAAGAAACGAAAUAAUCUGUGCGCGUUUCCACAAAACCGAAAAAGGCCUCUAAGAUAGAAUAAUAUAAUUAUGUUGAAAUAUGAUAACAUGUAUAACUCAGGGUUUGAUUUUGCAAUGUAAUACAAUAAUCAUUUAUUCGUUAAGUAUUUUUGUUGAUGUCCUCAAGAUUUCAGAUAAAUAUUGUCGCAGAAUAACGUGAGCAAUAAUUAAUAUAUAUCGUACAAAGACUUUAGGAAACUGAUUUCACAACAGCUUUAUCGUGGAAUUCUAUGGAGUUUUGUUAUGAAAAUUUUCUGUACUUCAACAACCGAAUUUAUUUUUCCUAGUAAUAGCUGAUAACCCGUUCUAAGUCUGUAGCGGUACUCCUGAAGUAUGCGCACCAAGAUGUCGCAUAACCUGAACCCUAAUCUGGUACACAACCUGAGUUCAGGUUGUGCGCCAUCUUGGUGCGCAUACUUCGGGAGGUCCAAAAUUUCAUUUCUUUAGCGUUUUUUCCACUCUGAGCAAAAACAUUUCCACUCCGGAGUCGAUUGUAAAUCUGCCAGUCUCCACAGCCCUGUGCGCCACUCGGUGAUUUUAUGUAUAACGAUUUUAUAAACCAAAUAUCAGUGCUACUCUUGCAGAGACGAUCAAUGUGCCAGUGGGCGUGAGCACCACCGCUAACGGUACCACACUAUUUACUAAUGAAAAGAGAGCGUUACCGAUUUGCUCACAGUCACCCUGACCGUUUGGCGGCAAUGGCGUUCGAACAAACGAGGGUUGGAUUUUUUGGUGAGACUGCUUGAAGCAAGUCCAUGUGACACCACUAUAACGCUUACAGACUUAUUAUUGCCGCCACAUAAAAGUCAGUUAUGCAAUUGCCAAAGACAAUACUUGAAAAGUAUUUUCUGCAUUUUUGUUAAAUUAUAUUUGUGCAUUAUUAUUUUUUAUUAAAAAUAAUAUAAGAGUGCAAAGA